AGCCGGCGCGUUGAGCACGUGGGCGUGUGGCGGCGUCGGGUCGGCGUCGUUCGCGCAGCCACCGACACAGCUCACGGCCCCGCUCAGACACGCUCACCGCCGCACCCGGCGACAUCUCUCUCCCCUCAUCGCUGGACACGAUGAGUGACGACUUUAUCCGUCUCGUCUCGCAGGCGAACCCCGCCGCCCGCUAUCAGCCCGCCAACAACGGCUAUCCUCCUCCCUCGCAACCCCCCAACCAACAACUCGACCCCUUCUUCGACGAUGAGGACGAAGAGGACGUCCCUGACUCGGCUUUUGGUGCCCCGGCUGCCAUGAAGUCUCAAGAAAGCGGUCUUGCUUUCUCUCGUGCUGGCGCCGCGCCUGCUGGGCAUUCGCAGGUCACGCUGACCACCGCCGCCAUACCUCCGGACUGGUCCUUCGACGACGACGAGCUUCCGCGCUCAAAGCAGGCAGGCGCACCGGGCCCGUCGAAAGGUGCAAAGCCUACGCACAAGCGGAGGUCGUCGCGGUCUUUCGUCGGGCAGGUCAAGAAGCUGAGAUGGCCGUGGCAGAAGCGGGAUCAGGUUCUGGCUGGCGACCGCGUCAUUGCGCUCAACAACCCGGACGCCAAUGUAGACUAUGGCUCGAACUACAUUUCCACGAGCAAAUAUAAUGUCGUUACGUUCGUUCCCAAGUUCCUUUUCGAGCAGUUCUCGAAAUACGCCAACCUCUUCUUCCUUUUCACCGCGCUCAUUCAACAAAUACCCAAUGUAUCACCUACGAACCGCUGGACAACGAUUGGACCGCUUGCUGUGGUGCUCCUGGCUUCUGCUUUCAAGGAGACUCAGGAAGAUUUGAAACGACACCAAUCCGAUUCUGAAUUGAACUCGCGAAAAGCGAAAAUACUGACGCCGGAAGGGACCUUCGUUGACAAGAAGUGGAAGAACAUCGCCGUCGGCGACGUCAUCCGGCUAGAAAGUGACGAUCAUAUACCCGCCGACGCCGUCCUACUCUCGUCGAGUGAACCGGAGGGCUUCUGCUACAUCGAGACAUCAAACUUGGAUGGGGAGACAAACUUGAAGAUCAAGCAAGCGUCCCCGCAGACAGCACCGCUCACUUCACCGCAACUGGUCACAGCACUGCAUGGCGCGCUUCGGUCGGAACAUCCCAACAACAGCCUGUACACCUACGAAGCUACGCUCGACUUGAUCACUGACCUUGGGGUGCCCAAGCAAGUCCCUCUUGGACCGGACCAGCUGCUGCUUCGAGGGGCCCAGAUUCGGAACACGCCGUGGGCCUACGGAUUGGUAGUCUUCACAGGGCACGAGACGAAGCUCAUGCGCAAUGCUACGGCUGCACCGAUCAAGCGGACGGCCGUUGAGAAGCAGGUCAAUGUGCACAUCAUCUUCCUGUUCAUGUUCUUGCUGGCGCUCUCUAUUGGGUCGACCAUCGGCGCCAGCAUUCGAGCUUGGUUCUAUUCUGCAGCAGAGUGGUAUCUUUUGGAACAGUCGACCAUUGGUAGCAGAGCAAAGCAAUUCAUUGAAGACAUCCUCACGUUCAUUAUCCUCUACAACAACUUGAUCCCGAUCUCGCUCAUCGUCACCAUGGAGGUGGUCAAGUAUCAGCAGGCGCAGCUCAUCAACUCGGACCUGGACAUGUAUUACGCGAAGACAGACACGCCAGCGCUCUGUCGGACGUCCUCGCUCGUGGAGGAGCUCGGCCAGAUUGAGUACGUGUUUAGCGACAAGACGGGCACGCUGACGUGCAAUGAGAUGGAGUUCCGGUUCUGCUCCAUCGGCGGCGUCGCGUAUGCGGACGUCGUCGAGGAGAGUAGACGUGGCGAGGGCGAAGACGGGAAGGACGGUUGGAGGAGCUUCGCGGAGAUGAAGGCGCUCUUGGACGGCGGGGAGAACCCCUUCGGCGACUUCACGGCCGCGGACGCUACCGGUCAGAGUCAGAAGGAAGUCGUCAACGAGUUCUUGACUCUCUUGGCGGUCUGCCAUACCGUCAUCCCCGAGAGGCGCGAUGGGAAGCUUCAUUAUCAGGCGAGCAGCCCAGAUGAGGCCGCUUUGGUCUCUGGUGCAGAGCUGCUAGGCUACCAGUUCCACACCCGCAAACCGAAAUCGGUGUUCAUCAACGUUCAAGGUUCAUCACACGAGUUCCAGAUCCUCAACAUCUGUGAGUUCAACUCGACCCGGAAGCGCAUGUCGACGGUGGUGCGGUGCCCGGACGGCAAGAUCAAGCUCUUCUGCAAGGGUGCGGACACGGUUAUCUUGGAGCGGGUCGCGGAGAAGCAACCAUUCACAGAGAAGACGCUCGCCCAUCUGGAGGACUACGCAACGGAGGGCCUGCGGACGCUCUGCAUUGCCUUCCGUGAGAUUCCCGAGGCGGAGUACAGGCAGUGGUCUACCAUCUACGACCAGGCUGCGGCAACGCUCAACGGUCGUGGUGAUGCGCUUGACAACGCUGCAGAGCUCAUCGAGAAGGAUCUGUUCCUCCUCGGGGCUACCGCUAUCGAGGACAAAUUGCAGGACGGCGUGCCGGAUACUAUCCACACUCUGCAGAUGGCCGGCAUCAAGGUCUGGGUCUUGACGGGCGACCGUCAGGAGACCGCUAUCAACAUCGGCAUGUCGUGCAAACUCAUCUCGGAGUCGAUGAACUUGAUCAUUGUCAACGAAGUGACGAUGCUUGACACGCAGGAGUUCAUCUCAAAGCGGCUAUCUGCUAUCAAGAGUCAACGGAGCACUGGCGAGCUCAGCGAACUCGAGGAUCUGGCGCUCAUCAUAGAUGGCAAGAGCCUCGGAUUCGCGCUCGAGAAGGAAAUCUCUGGUCAAUUUCUGGAGCUGGCACUUAUGUGCAAAGCCGUUAUCUGCUGUCGUGUCUCGCCGCUGCAGAAGGCCCUCGUCGUGAAGCUCGUCAAGAAGAACCAGAAAUCUAUCCUCUUGGCUAUCGGCGACGGCGCGAACGACGUUAGCAUGAUCCAGGCCGCUCACGUUGGUGUUGGUAUCUCCGGUCUGGAAGGUCUGCAAGCAGCUCGCUCUGCGGAUGUGGCAAUUUCGCAGUUCCGGUUCCUCAAGAAGCUCCUACUCGUACAUGGAUCUUGGAGCUACCAGCGGUUGUCGAAGCUUCUCCUUUAUUCGUUCUACAAGAACAUUGUGUUGUACAUGACGCAAUUCUGGUACUCGUUCUUCAACAGCUUUUCGGGGGAGAUUGUGUACGAAUCGUGGACCCUCUCCUUGUACAACGUCGUCUUCACCGUCCUGCCACCCUUUGUUAUCGGCGUCUUCGAUCAGUUCGUCUCCGCCCGGAUCUUGGACAGGUAUCCGCAGCUGUACAUGCUGGGCCAACGUAACGCGUUCUUCACCAAGACGGCUUUCUGGCUGUGGGUCGCAAACGCGUUGUACCACAGUGUCAUCUUGUUCGGCUUUUCCGUUAUCCUAUUUUGGGGCGACUUGAAGCAGUCAACGGGUCUUGACUCCGGACAUUGGUUCUGGGGUACAAUGUUGUACAUGGCUGUUUUGCUCACCGUCCUAGGAAAAGCUGCUCUCAUAUCAGACCUGUGGACGAAGUACACCGUUGCAGCAAUUCCUGGCUCGUUCGUGUUUGCUAUGGUCUUCUUGCCAUUAUACGCUAUCAUUGCUCCUGCUAUCGGGUUCUCAACUGAGUACUACGGGCUCGUGCCUCGGUUAUGGACAGAUGCAGUCUUCUAUUUUAUGCUCAUCGUCGUUCCGAUCUUCUGUCUUUCAAGAGACUUCGCAUGGAAGUAUUACCGGCGUACACACCGACCUGAGACGUAUCAUAUUGCGCAGGAGAUCCAAAAGUACAACAUACCCGAUUACCGACCACGGCAGGAACAAUUCCAGAAGGCAAUCAAGAAAGUGCGAGCUGUACAACGCAUGCGGCGGAACCGUGGCUUCGCGUUCAGCCAAACCGAGAACGUUGCGCGUCAAGAUCAGGCACGGAUGAUCAGAGCUUACGACACGUCGCGUAUGGAUGCACGACCGACAGGGUAUUAGCUGUUGUGAUGUUUUCCGUAUGUUACGAUGGGACAAUGUAUUGUACACUUAUUGCAUCUAUUAGCUAAUGCGCUGACCGGUGAAGGGAACCAAAAUACUCGAGAGACUUGGGGCGAAGCGAGCGUAGGUCUAAGUGUAAGGGUUGCUUGCGCAACGCUUCUCUCUUUG